AUGAAGUCGUUCCUGACAUCCGUUUCGAGUUCCAUUUCGGCAACUGCUCCGCCGCCGCUCGCAUUUCAAUCCUCCUUGUCACGCCGGAAACGGAUACAAUCCUCGCCGUCUCGUCAUCAUUAUUCUGAUGGCAACUUGUCGUCGCCUUUCAACAAGAACAACAACAACAAUCGCGUACGACCUCGAUGGGUACUUUCGGCACUGGAAGUGGCUCCUACCGAUGAAACGUUUGACAAUGAGGAUGAUGGUGGUGGUGAUGGUGAGGACGACGAAUUCCUCCUCUUGGAAAACAUGUUGCAGGAUGUCAAAUUGGACGACAGCGAAUUGAAAGAAUUUCUGAGAGAAAAUGAUGAAAUGUUGAGCAUUGAUGGGUUUGCCGACGAUGUCAAUACCUUGUUUGAACUCAUGGAUCAUGACGAGGAUGACGAUGACGAGGAAGAGAACAUGAGAGACGGCGACAACUUUAAAAAAAUUCCACCAACCUUGGAUUCUUCCGAAUUGGAAAAGGCGCUAUUGCAAGGCGUCGUGCCAGUGGCAGCAGGUGUAGGAUCUGAAUGUCUGCCAGGUGAUUGGGGAUUUGAUCCUUUGGGCUUUGCGUCCAAAGACUAUAUUUUGGACAUUCAGUACAAGCUGUUGCAAUCCUUGCCGGGAGCCGAACAAACACCCGCACCCAAAGAUAGACCCACGGCCCUUAUAUUGCGAGAUUACCGAGAAGCAGAGAUUCGACAUGGCCGGUUGGCAAUGUUGGCUGCCGUUUUUUGGCCGCUGCAAGAAAUGCUGGAUCGUUUGCUCUUGGACGACGACCAAUUCGGACCCAUUGUGUACGAUACGGUCACCCUUCCCUAUUUUCCUCUCCUCAUGACGCUGUUCAUGCUCAACCUUGGUUAUUUGGACAUUUUUGCAAAGGAGAUGCAAGAAAAGGACAAUAUUGGUGAUGCCUAUUUGCCGGGGGAUUGCCUGUGGGAUCCACUCAAGUUCUUGGAGGGAGCACCACCAAGAAUGAAACGAAAUAUGCAAGAGCGAGAACUCUUCAAUGGUCGAGUGGCCAUGCUGGCAGUCGCUGCGUACUUUUUUGAAGAAGUUACGUCCGGGGUUCCCAUUGUUUCAAUGGAUGCCAAUCAACUCUUGUUCAUUCCUGCCUACGAAAUUCCAUCGAUUCAAGAAUGGCUGGAUUUACAAUUCUCGCCAUCCUUUGAUCAUUACGAAUUUUGA